UGCACUUCUGAUCCAAUGCCAUGGCUAUUCUCUUUUGUCUUCCAACUGCGAUGCUAAAAGGCCACCGAGGUGGAUGGUAUCUUUUCUUCCUGGCUGCUGUCGUUCCAGGUGUCCACUUUCAGAGCACUAAUGGCUCCAUCCAGCCUGCUUUGGUGUCUGAGCUUCACUCCAAGGGUCAGAUCUACCGGCCGGUCCUGCAGCCAUCUGAGGCCACUCCUCAAACAGGAAACUAUGUGAAAAAAGACCUUAGAGGGAAACCCUGCAUCAGAAUUACCAUGGGAGCAGAGUUCUUGGUCACUGAAAACAAGAAAACCUGGUAUUUUGACCUGGACCCAUCCAGAGUUAGGGUCAGUGGUUACUGUGGCAAAGAAGAGGCUCUUCUCUCUCUCACGCUGCCAGACAAUGGUGCCAGCCUGCAGUUCAAAUUCAAAAAGGAGAAGAAUGUUUUCUACGUCAUCGAGAUGAAUGCUCAUUUGUCUCCCAUGCCUGUCUGCAAAGACUGUUCCAACAAGACUUACAAAGGUGUGUUGGCCCAUGAAAAGCUGUUCAAAACUGCUAACGGUCGAAGCUUCACGUGCAAGUCUGAGAAUCUGCUUUUGAUGUCGUCUGAGCUGAAGAUCAAGCUGGUUCCUGUGCAGAUGCAGGCCUUCAACCUGUCUCAAGGACAAUAUGGAAAAGAGGUGGAGUGCUGGGCUGACUAUAACAAGAGAAUCAUUCCCAUCAUCAUCGGGGCAGCCGUCGUGUGUCUCAUUCUUAUCAUUGUGCUGAGCUUCCUUGUGGUCAGAGAUCGCCGCAGAGAUGGAUACGAACGGAUUUGA